UGAGUUCAUCUUUCAGUCUUUUCUGGUUGAAUGGCGACAUCUUGUGGAUUCAGUGGGACCUACAAGCUUUGCAGAGACUUCAUACAGGAUGUGUUGUCAUACAACAAAAAUGAAAGUAAGACAGAUCAAGAGUCAUUCAGCCGCUGUACACGAGGCUGUGCGGCUGUAUUUAUAAAAACCUCGAGCAAACACACACACAGAGAAAGCCUAACCCUCAGUAAGUGAUGAGGAACUCAGAGCCUGUGCUGCAGGCUGCAGGAAAAUAACAUACCAAAGGCACAGAGCAGCUGAUGGAGUCCAUCAUCAGUGGAUACUUGGAGGCCUGUGUAUCAUUGAAGGUUGGUUGGUGUGCAGAGCAUAUAGAGGAAAGGACACAUGGCUUGUACAUCACGGUCUGCCUUAGAGUACGUCAAGAGUGCCAGAUGCUACCUUGUGAAAGAAUUAACGAGUCUCUCUGUGAUUGUGGAGAACUUGAAUCAGCAAGGAGUUCUCGGAGAUGAAGAGGUCAGUAAAAUACAAGCAGAGACUGAUGACUAUGAUAAAAGGAGGAACAUACUGGACAAAGUCACAAGAAAAGGAGAAGAUGCCUGCUAUGAGUUACUCAGGAUUAUUGACAUGACGAGGAAGAGGACCUUAGGGAGACCAUCGCUCCCUGAAAAAAAGAGUGUCACUUCUACUGGGACCAAAACGUUUGACCUGCACCACUGGAUCAGCUGCUUUUCUUUCAAAGACGACACACAAAUGGAUACAAACUACUUACAAGGUCCAAAGUCAUGCCACGACUAUCAGGCAAAGUUGAAGUCAAACGCACAAAACUUAUCAAAUGAGUUUUGGAUGGAAAGCAAAAAUCUGUUUGAAGAAAACAACAAGCCUAAUCUGUUGUACACUUCACUUGUAUUGGACAAACAAGAAAAUGUUUCCCCAUCUAAAAUAAAAAAAAUAAAGAACAAGAAAAGCAAGAUGAGUCGCCCUAAGAAGCUAAAGAGAUACAUCCCUGAGGACAAACGAGAAAUUUCUCCCAGUGACCUGCUGAAAACAGAUAAAAACAUACUCUUGAUUGGAAAACCUGGAAUUGGAAAGACAGCAGUCUGUCAUGAAAUAUUGAGACUCUGGGCAGAAAGAGAGAACAUGGAGCUAGAUUACAUGUUUUACUUUGACAUGAGAGAAACAUCCCAUAUCACAGCGGACAAGGGCCUGGAGGAUCUUCUUUUCGGGGUGUUCAGUAAACCAAAUGAAGGCAAAGAAGAGGUCUUACAGGAUAUAGAGAAGAACUCUGACAAUGUUACAAUCAUUUUUGAUGGAAUCACAGAUCUCCCCUCUUCAUCUGUGGUGCAGAAACUUGUAAAGAAGGACCUGCCUUAUGCAAAGAUCAUCAUAACGUGCAGACUGGAUGAUGAAGAAGACUUCCUUUCUGGAGACUUUCUCAGAGUAGAAGUGAGAGGCUUCAGUGAACGGACCAUAAAAACAUACUUAUCUGCAAUUCUCGGCGAGGAACAGAAGGAGGUUUUGUGCAACUUGGAGCUGUUGACUCUUUGCCAUGUCCCAAUGUAUGCUCUGAUGGUAGCUGCUUGCUUUUCAUCAAAGAUGUCAGAAGACUCUCCACAGCCCUGCACUAUAACUGAAAUAUACAUCAAAAUUGUCCGUUAUCGCCUUAAAAUGAACAACAAAACAAAAGACACACAUCUUAAUUCCUUCAUCAGCAACAAGAGGGAGGAAAUACUGUCUUUGGCUGAGGUUGCUUUUCUUGCAACUGAAGGAAAAACUGUGAACUUGACAGAACUAACCUAUGAAGAUAGCUGUGUCCAUUCCUUCCUGAAAACACUUAUCAUCAACAUUGAUCAUACUGAAUCAAUAAUCACAUAUGCAUUUCUCCAUUACACAAUGCAGGAGUUUUUUGCAGCACUGUGGCUCUUGAAGAAUCCAGAGAAAAUCAAGGAUGUUCUUCAGCAAUGCCUCACUGAGGAGAAGAAAUACAUGAAACAUCUGAUCCCUUUCAUUUGUAGAUUGUUGAAUGACAAGAAGUACCCUACUUUGAUGAAGUGGCUGAUUCCAGCUCAGGAGCUCAAGAAUACAUCUACCUGGUUCUUCAAGGAGUGCUUGUACGAGUCCCAGUGUCCUGAAGCAUGUCUCCAGUUUCUGGACAAACUGGACUACCAUCUUGAUCUUAGUGGAGAGAGUCUUGAUCCCCACCAUUGCUGUGCUGUGUCCUAUGUGGUCACUCAGUCAAAGGAGAGGAAAACAUGGCUGAACCUUGAGGACGCAAUGGUGUCAAAACAAGGAAUGAGACGACUAUUUGGAUGCCUUAAAAAUGUCCAAUGGUGUGACCCUUUGCCACGGCAGCUGUGGAGGAUUUUCCUUCUCAGCGAGGAGCAGAUGGACCACAUCAGCUUACUUGGCUUGGAUGGGAAUCAGUUGCACCUUCCAGUUGAAGGUGAAAGACAACUGUUUGAGAAAGCAGUAAAAGUCAUGCAGAAGAUUACUAUGAAGGUUAAUGUGUGCCUCUACUGGGACAGGGCUAUUCCUGUCUGCCAAAGUCUGUGCGUGUCCCUCUUAGAGGCUUUGCCAAACAUCGGCUCACUCAGUUUCAGGAGGACCUACGGAGAUCCAGGUUUACAGGGCCAGGAGCGAUGCCAUGAGACAUUGGAGAGAGAAAAAAAGGGCCUGUUAUUGGAUUUAUGCCUGGAAGCAGCACUUCACAAAGGAGAAAUAUUUCACAAUGUAGUGAAUAUGCUCUUCUUACUGUUUUCUGUGGACACUGACUUGAAUAACAUCCUUCUUGAUUUUUAUCAACACGUCAAGAGUAAAGGUUGUUUAAGUGACAUUCCAAGAAUACAGCAACUUUACCAGUCACGUACAGUCUGGUCCAUAAACCUGUCAGAGAGAAAGGCCUCCAUCCUGCUGGAAGUGCUAAAACUCCAAUCAGAGAAGAAACAAGUGGAGUGA